UGUGUGUAGUGUUUCAUUUGCAAUGGAGGGUGCUUCUCAAGUAGAUACUUGUGCUGUUGUUUGUUGUCUUGUCUAAAAAAGAUAUCGAAAGAGACUUGCAUUUCUACCAGUUUUGUGUUUCUGUAACUGUUGCUGUUCUGUUUUCUUUCCUUAAAUUGCAUCUGUAUCUCUCCAACACAUUACUAGAGCUAUCUUUUAUGCAAUUUUGCUGGUUUAAGAACAAGUGUACUUUUCCUCCCACCUCUGUGCCUGCUUGAAUCCAGGGUAAUAAAAAGCAUCAGUAAUCUCUUCACUGACAUGUGGUAAUAAGAUGCUUAGGGCAGCAGUUCACAUACCUUUCUUAUUCGUGUUCAGCUGUUGUACUGUAUUUGCAGGAAGGGCAUUGCUCUUGAGAGAAGAGUGGCUGAGGUGAAAGUCAGGAGAUGUAAUUUUCUAUGUGGAAGGAUGGUAUUUGAUAGAAAUGAACAGAGACGUGGCAGUUAAAACUUCUGCAGUGUAAUGAAACAGAUGAGAUAAUUUUGGGGAAUGAACAAGGUAUAAAUAUCCUUUUGGAUUUGGUGGGAGUUCCUGAAGAGAUUUUAUCACUUCUUUAAACACAGAUUGGUGAAAAAAAGAAUGGGAGAAAUGUGAGAAUAAUUGUAUUGUGGCAAGGGAUUAGAAAACAGCUGUGUUGCAAUCAGUCAUGAACAAUGUAGAGAACGCUUAUUUGGCCUGCUCACAGCACAUGCUUCUACGGACUAUCAAGCUAGCAUAACUCAGGGAUGCCAUGGCUUUUAACAAGUUCAAUGUUUUCCACUGGCAUAUAGUAGAUGACCAGUCAUUCCCUUACCAGAGCAUUUAUUUCCCUGAAUUAAGUGAUAAGGGAGCGUACUCCCGUAAUCUCAUCUAUACUCCUGCUGAUGUCCGUCUGGUGAUUGAGUAUGCCCGAUUAAGAGGCAUUAGAGUUAUCCCAGAGUUUGAUACCCCAGGACACACGCAGUCUUGGGGAAAAGGUCAAAAAGAUCUUCUCACUCCUUGUUACGAUGGAGGACAGCCAACUGGGUCCUUUGGACCUGUAAAUCCUAUUUUGAAUACAACUUAUGACUUCAUGACUAAAUUCUUCAAAGAGAUCAGCAGUGUGUUUCCAGAUGCAUACAUUCAUUUGGGAGGAGAUGAAGUGGACUUCAGUUGCUGGAAAUCUAACCCUGAAGUGAAAGAGUUCAUGAAGAAGCAAGGUUUUGGCAGUGACUAUGCUAAACUGGAAUCUUACUAUAUUCAGAACAUUUUGGACAUUGUUUCCUCCUAUAACAAAGGACAAAUCAUCUGGCAAGAAGUGUUUGAUCACAAAGCACAGCUGAAACCAGACACUGUAGUUCAAGUGUGGAUGGCAAACAGCUAUGCUCGUGAACUGAGCAGCGUCACUGGAGCUGGGUUCCCCGCUGUCCUGGCUGCACCCUGGUACUUGGACUACAUCAGUUAUGGGCAAGACUGGAAGAAAUACUACCGUGUUGAACCACUUGACUUCCCUGGAUCUGAAGAACAGAAGAAACUUUUAAUAGGUGGAGAAGCCUGCCUGUGGGGGGAAUUUGUGGACGCAACUAACCUGACACCAAGAUUAUGGCCUCGAGCAAGUGCUGUAGGAGAAAGACUCUGGAGCAGCAGGAAUGUGACCGACUUGCAAGAUGCCUAUAGAAGGCUGAGGAAUCAUCGCUGCCGCAUGCUCCGCCGUGGCAUAGCAGCCGAACCGGUGUUUGUUGGAUACUGCGCCCAUGAAGGGAGACGGCCGUAACUGCUGCAAAGACUUCUCCUCAACAACCUGAAGUGCCUCUGGGGAAUGCAUAUGUAUUUGAAUCAAGAUUUAAAAUUUUCACUUUUAAAAUAAAAUUUUUUGAUAACCUU